CCAGUACCGGAACUCUUAACACAACUCGCAGAAGCCUUUCACUCAAAGGAGAGCAAGAUAAUGUCCCGCCGUAAGUUUCAGGAGCGAAAGUGGCAAUACUCUGAAGACUUCGCCACUUAUUUCAACAACAAAACACUUUUGGCUGCGCACAUCCGGAUUGACGACGAGGAGCUAAUCGACAGUAUUAUCGAAGGAAUACCGGAUACCCUUCUACGACAACAGGCACACAUGCAUUGCUUCAAUUCGUCUGCACAGCUGUUGCAGGCGUUCGCCAAAGUUUCUUUGCGAAAACCAUCCUUCGCAUCUGGACGCCCCAAAGUUUCACCCGGAAACCAACCCGGACCCGCUAUAAGAUGCUUCAACUGUAACUCCAUUGGACACUUCGCGGCCGACUGCCGCAAACCUAAACGCGCAUACGGAGCUUGCUACGGAUGCGGAAGUCUGGAGCACCUUGUAUCCCAUUGCACCGAGAAGAAAAACAUAACCAACAACGAAUAUAAUGCCUAAUCGAUUCUGGGAGCCCAAUUAGUUUUACAAAGUUAUCCUGCGUUGAAAAUAUUCUGAGAAGCAACAGCAUUAAGUUUAGUGAAAACAAUAAUACGAAUUACGUUGGCUUAAAUCACAGCCCUUUAGAUAUAUAUGGAAAAGUAUCCUGUUUUAUUAUUAUGAAUAAAGUGAAAUUUAAUUUUGAUUUAUUAAUUGUGGCAAACAAAUCGAUGGCAUAUAGUACUGUUUUAGGAAGAGAUUUUAUGAAUAUUUGUAACUUUAAGAUUGUUAGGGAAAAUGAUUGUCCAAAUGAUUGUGAAAAUG